CCCCUGCUGCUGGUCUCAUGAUGUCGUGGCCCCUCACGCUGCUGAAUUCCUCUCCUGCUCUGCUCUGCCACUCAGGUGGAGCAGACCAGCACCAGAAGGUGGUGUUUCGGUGGAGGAAGACUGAGACGCCACAAGGCUCUGCGUGCUCGCGCUCAGACUUUGCUCCAGACCUUUUGCUGUUUCUGUCAGCAGCUCCAAGCGGCAUCUGUGGGAGCCACCUCUUUCUUUUUCCGGCGUGAUAACGGCACCUCCACUCCGGACCCCAGCGGUGAGGACAUGAGGGUGAGGGAGAGAGCGCUGCUUCACCCCUCCCCGCCCCCUCCUCAGCUGGUGGGAGGAGCGGCUCGUCUCUAUAAGAGGUGCGCAGCGGCCGGGCGCAGACUUCAGCGCAGCUACUCAGAGGAACGAAAUGAUCUGCCCUGGAGCCGCAGCAAAAUGCUGGAUGGACACCUACUCCUGGGAUGGUUAUCGGUCACAGUGGUAGUCAGCCUCCUCAGCCUGCCCGGACCCGCCGCAGCCUACUUCGGGUUGACCGGGAAUGAACCACUGUCCAUCCUGCCACUGAACUCUCUACCCGAGGAGAACGUGGGCCGGGCCCACUUCAAGCUGUGCGACAGGCUGAAGCUGGAGAAGAAGCAGCGCAGGAUGUGCAGACGUGACCCGGGCGUGGCCGAGACCCUGAGAGAGGCCAUCACCAUCAGCGCCUUGGAAUGCCAGUAUCAAUUCCGCUUCGAGAGGUGGAACUGCACCUUGGAGGGGCGCCACAGAGCCAACAUUCUCAAGAGAGGAUUUAAAGAGACAGCCUUCCUGUACGCCGUCUCCUCGGCCGGCCUGACCCACGCGCUGGCCAAGGCCUGCAGCGCCGGCCGCAUGGAGCGCUGCACGUGCGACGAGGCGCCGCACCUGGAGAACCGCGAGGCCUGGCAGUGGGGCGGCUGCGGGGACAACCUGAAGUACGCCAACAAGUUUGUCAAGGACUUCCUGGGCAAACGCUCCAACAAGGACCUGCGCGCUCGCGUGGACCUGCACAACACCAACGUGGGCAUGAAGGUCAUCAAGGCCGGGGUGGAGACCACCUGCAAGUGCCACGGCGUCUCGGGCUCCUGCACGGUCCAGACCUGCUGGAGGCAGCUGCAGCCCUUCCACAUGAUCGGCAAGGAGCUGAAGCAGCGCUACGAGACCUCUGUGAAGGUGGGCAGCUCCAGCAACGAGGCCACAGGGGAGGCGGAGCUCUCCACGGGCCGCGGCCAGCAGCAGCAGCAGCCCACGCAGCAGCAGCAGCAGCAGCAGCCGCCGCUGCCGGCCGGCGAGCAGAUCCCCCGCACCAUGGACCUGCUCCACAUCGAAGACUCGCCCAGCUUCUGUAGGCCCAGCAAGUACUCGUCGGGCACGGCGGCACGCAAGUGCUACAAGGACAAGAACUGCGACGCCAUCUGCUGCGGGCGAGGCCACAACACCCAGAGCCGGGAGGUGACCCGGCCGUGCCAGUGCCAGGUCCACUGGUGCUGCUACGUGGAGUGCAAGCAGUGCAUGCAGCGAGAGGAGGUCUACACCUGCAAGGCGUAGCGCCCGGACCCGGGUGGACCUAGAGCCCGCCCAGACACACGGCCGCCCGAGGACGAAGCACUUUGAGGGCCCGGGCCGACAUCCGACACAGAGACACUCGGUGGCUCACGCAGCUCACUCUCCAGCGCGGGACCCGGCGCCGGCAGGCGACAGUGAAAAUCAUAUUCAGAGACUGUAACCAACGAGACGGGGUGUAAGAAUUACACGCACACAGUUACACUCCCACGCCGUGGGUUUGCUUGUAGAUAAACAUAGUUAUAUUGUACUGACCUUAUACAAGCCACUUAUCAAACCCUUCUUUAAACCAACCACUAACGUGCGCGCGAGCGCCCUCUGUUGACCGACUCUGCGGGUCCUGGGAGAGGCAGCUUUGGUGUUCAGGGAACGACGUAAACCACUAUCCGUGUCUGGAUGGAGCAGAGCGCAGUGGCACGACAUGACAGUGACCGUGAGACGACUUCAGCGCCGCUGGCUGCUGUGACUCCAGCGUGGUGCGGCUCUUUGGAGCGCAAAUCCACUUAAGAGGAUUCUUGUUCCUCUAACUUUGAAGUUGCAGAGGACCUGUGGUGAAGUGGAGGAAUGUAGCUCGCCCCCGCCGCCCCAUUUCUGACCCCUUUCCACUUUAGCUGCCAUGAUACGAUUGAGCCGACUCACAGACAGGCAGCGAGUCAGAGCAGGCAGCGACACACUCCGCGUUACACUCGCUCCACACAAGCCGACGCCGACGUCUGACCAGCGAGAGCGGAGCCGCUGCUCCUCACCGUGACCGAGGGUGCGGCGAGGAUUCGCUGUUGAAACUCUCCGUGUUCUGGAGGGAGAGAACGACCGUGUCUGUUCCUCAGACACCUCCUGAAACACACCAGCACGCCAGUUGGCUGCUGUGCGCUUUCCCUUUGAUAUUGAAGCCUGAAUGCGAGUCACAACCCCCCUCCGUCCCAACUCCCUCUGAGCUCAAGUUUUCAUUCUCAUUCCUCCAGCUCCAGUCCCAGAUCCAAACUCAGAGCUCUGUGGAUGACGCUGUGAGGUCACAUGUCGCCCGGUGUAGAUCUGCUGCGGCGUGACUGAAGACGAAGCUCCUCAGGGCGGUGGAUUUGAUGUGAAGAGAGUCUGGUGAAAAGCAAGACGUGGAUCAGUGCACGCUGCAGGGAAACCAUAAUAGCAGCCCUCAGACGCCCCGCAGCGCUCGGUAUGUGCGUUCCAAACACACGUGGGCUACACUCCCUCCUGUCCAGAGGACGUCCAGUUCAGAGGAUGUACAUAGGCGGAGUAGCUCGUGGUCUCCACAACUCUGCACUGGUCAUGCACAAAAUUCUAUUUUAUAAAGAAAGCAAAGUCUAAAUUAUUUUUGUAAGAUGUAAAUAACGACAAAUUGAGUUUAUGUCCUGCUUUUUUUUUUUUUUUUUACUCUGUUGUUAUGUUUCUUUCGGGGUGGAGGCUUCAGAGAGCAGCGCAGAGCUUCAGCUCAUCUCCCACUAGUUGCCGUCGGAUCCUGAAGCAGCCACCAACACAGCAGGAGCAGACGUGUCCCUGGAGGCUGUGGAAGAUUCAGACCAGUGUUCGGACGACCACAGCUUCUGUUCACACACUCAUGUCUUAUGGGAACCUAAGUUAUUGUACUCUACCUCAUGUGCAUAGCUUGUAGGCAUAAACAGAUUACAGAUGACUGGUAAGAAUGUAUUUAAGUUAUUUAACAUCUUUGUAUAACAAAGGAGAAAAA